GAGAAAGAAAGCGUGAGGGUGAAGGACACCCUCAAAUUAAAAGAAUAAAUAGGGUUGCCCACAAGUCAGAUCACUCUCCGAUAUAGAUAAAGAAGAAGCCUACAACGCCUUACAUUUUCCACUAGGAUCACAAUAGAAGAGAAGACCCUGGAUACCAAAAUGAAGUAGAUUUCUCGGCAAUGGAAGUUCUUGAAGUGCUUCAAUCCAAUCCUCUUGUUGGAUAUUCUUGAAUUAAGGGUGAACAUUUCUGAGACAACCAUGAAGGCGGAGGCGCAGGGGCAGGGUGGAGGUCUGUCCCCACCAGUCCCCACGAAGGGAGCUGAUCCAAAUUCCAUGGCUAGAGCUAUUAUUUCCUCCAUAGAUGGAUUCACCGACAUUGUCAGUCGGGCAAAGUCCGAAUUGGAAAAGGAAGGCAAAGUCCAAACUGGAAAAGAAAGCGAAGUCCAGUCGAUCCUCCAUGAACUUUUGGCUAUGCGGAGAUUCUUAGAAGAUGGAGAGUUUGGAAAGGCUGAUAAUGAAGUAGAAGUAAGAGAAGAGCAACUAUAUUCGGAGUCAUUGGAGCAAAUUUAUGAGGCAGAAAAAGCCAUAGUGAAUUAUGUGCCCAAAACAGUACGCCACAAGAGAGGUAAGACAUUGGUCAAGAAGCUUGCAUGCUGGAACCAUUCUGGGGCUGCUAAUAAAAAAUUUCCCGAGAAGAUCACUUUGAUAUUGAAUUCGAUCAAGGAUUUGAACCAUAAGUUCAAAGAAUCCUCAAGCAGUUAUUCUGGAGGAAAUAAGUCAUUUAAAAUGUCAGAUUGGAUACGGUCUUCUGUUGAUUUUGAUGAAGCAGAGGAUGAGUAUCUUAGUACUGUAGUUGGUUUGAGGCCGGAUAUGGAGCCUCUGAAAGAAUGGUUGUUCGGUAGCGACCGCAGCCACCAUAUAAUCUCAAUUCUUGGAAUCCAAGGCAUGGGAAAGACAAGGCUAGCAUGGGAGAUUUAUAAACACUGUAGUUUGGGUUUCCAUUUUAACUGUUACGCCUGGGUUUGUGCAUCUGCAAUGGACAAUGAUGUCGAAGAAAUUUGGGAGGACAUUCGUACACAAAUUAAUGAAUUCAGGUGGCACAAGAAGUAUCUCAUAGUAAUUGAUGAUGUUGGUGAUCCUCACGUUUGGAGUAGACUGAGACACAGGAUUAUGGACCAAGAUUCUGAAGACGGAAGCAGGAUUAUCCUCACAACUCGGGACAUAGGGAUUGCUUGUUCUGCUGACUAUUCACAUCGAAUGAAGGUACUAAGUAAACCAGAAAGCUGGGAACUUUUCAGGAAGAAGUUAUUCAUAACUCCCUGGAGACUCGGAGGCAUUAAUGCAAGUGGCAAGGACACCACAGAUCAUCAUUAUCCGUCUUCCAUCCCUGAUCUCCCUCCGGAGUUGGAAGUCCUUGGAAAAAAGAUGGUGGAAAAAUGUGGAGGAAUCCCCUAUUUGAUUAUAGAAUUAGCAAAUCUCUUGUCCACCAUGAAUGCUAACAUUGUGGAAUGGUUAUGUGUUCUCCACGGCACAGAUACACAUCUUAGUCAAGAACACCACCCUUGGUUUAAUUUGUCAUCCUCUGUUGUUGACAUCCUACCUUUCCAUGUGAAACAGUUCUUGGAUCUAUUUCCUACGGCAACCCCAAUCCCCGAAAGGAGGUUGACUCUUUCAUGGGCUGCUAAGGGUGAUUUAUCCCAUCAGCAGCAGCAACAACAACAACAACAACAACAACAACGACGGAGCGAUGAAAGGAGGUCAACUCUGCCACCGGCUACAGAAGUUUUUAUAUUGCAGCAGCAACAACAACAACAACGAAGCGAUGAAAGGGGGUUGACUCUGCCACUGGCUACAGAAGGUCAUUUAUUGCAGCAGCAACAGCAGCAGCAACAACAACAGCAACGAAGCGAUGAAAGGGGGUCGACUCUACCAUUGGCUACAGAGGGUGAUUUAUCACAGCAGCAGCAGCGACAGCAACAGCAACAACAACAACAACAACAACAACAGCAACGAAGCGAUGAAAGGGGGUCGACUCUACCAUUGGCUACAGAGGGUGAUUUAUCACAGCAGCAGCAGCAACAACAACAACAGCAACAACAACAACAACAACGGAGUGAUGAAAGGGGGUCGACUCUGCCACUGGCUGCAGAGGGUGAUUUAUUGCAGCAGCAGCAGCAGCAGCAACAGCGGAGCGAUGAAAUGAGGUCGACUCUGUCACAGGCUACAGAGGGUGGUUUAUCGCAGCAGCAACAGAGCAAUUCUAGAAUUUCUGGCGAGGAAGGAGCAUCAACUUUGUGUUGGAUGCAAGACUUGCUAGAUCUCAACUUAAUUCAGGCCGUGAAAGUCAGUUCUAUUGGGAUAGCUAAGGCAUACAGCAUUCCCCGUGAUCAUCCCCUGCUUCAGAUCUUAAAAGCUGGCGGUGCCCUCAGGUCUUCUGAUGGUGACGGUGGUGAGGUCUGGAUUCAUAGCAUUGCUGAUCAUUGUGGCAAAGAGGACAUCCAUUCUCGUCGUAUUCACAGUAGCGGUAUUUCUCUUGAAGAACUACAACCUUACAGAACUCUCUGUUCUUUCUGGUGCUUCAAUUAUCCAGGAGGAUAUAAACCCGGGCAAGAAUUAGGAAGCUUUCUUAAGAGAUGCAUCAAUACUUACCAAUUGUGGUUUCUUAGGGUUCUUGAUCUAGAGGGUGUGUAUAAACCUAGUCUACCUGAGUCAAUAGGAGAGCUAAUUAACUUGCAGUACCUUGGGUUAAGAUGGACUUACUUGGAUACACUGCCCUCAUCUGUCGAGAACUUGCACAACCUCCUGACUCUGGACACUAAACAUACCGACAUUGGUGAUUACCCUACGAUUAAGAAAAUGACAAAGCUGCAACACCUUUACCUGAACGAGAGGCACCGCAGUGAACUCGUUACACAAUUGAGUUCCUUGGGUAACCUCCAAACAUUGUCGGGAGUAAUUGUUGAUGAGUUGAGUCAAGUGAAGGAUGGUCUAGACAAGUUAAAAAAACUUAGAAAACUGAGAAUGACAUGCCGGAAAACGCUUCAGAAAGAUGAUAUGGCCGAGUGGAUUGGGGGAUUGGAAAACCUUGGGACCUUGAAGUUGACAUCCAAAGACCAAGAACCGGAGACAUUAAGUGUGUUGUUGCAGAAGCUCAAAAACGUGCAACUCACUCGCAUGUAUUUGCGGGGACGGUUGGAGGAGUUUGGCUACCAUAUUCAUUUUGGGUGGAACCUCGCUGCACUCACCUUUUCUCUGACAGAACUAAAAAUAGACCCAAUGCCAAUACUGGAGUUGCUACCCAAGCUACAGGUAGUUUGUUUGCUCUCGAAAUCCUACAUCGGUGUUCGUAUGAAAUGCUCAUCGGAAAUGUUCAAAGAGCUUCGAGUCCUGAAAAUAUGGAAACUAGAGAAGCUAGAGGAUUGGAUUGUGGAGGAUGGAGCAAUGGCAAAGCUUGCACAGUUAGAGAUCAGAUCAUGCCAAAAGUUGAAGAUGCUCCCAGUUUUACCGAAGGCCCUCGUUGAAUUGAAAUUAACUGACAUGCCUAAGGAAUUCACCAGUAAGGUUACAAGGGAGGAUAGUCAAAAGGUUGCUCAAGUGAGCUCUGUCAUCAUAGAAGACAUGUCACCCUCUUUCAACACAUUAGUUGAGCUCUAUACUGGACGAAAUUCUGUCUUCAAUCAGGUACAUUUAGAAAAGUUAAUUGACAGUGAAAGAUUCAAAGUAAUGAACCUCACUGAGCUAACCUUAUCUGAGACCAAAUUACAAGCAGACCCAAUGCCACUGCUAGAGAAGCUUCCCGAUUUAAUGGUCCUUAUCUUCUCAUCCAAAUCCUUUGUAGGCAAACAUAUGGUUUGCUCAAACAGAGGGUUCAAGAAACUUCAGAAGCUAACCAUUCAGGAGCUAGAGGAACUGGAGAAAUUGACUGUGGAGGAUGGAGCAAUGCCGGAGCUUAAAGAACUGGAAAUCAGAUCCUGCAAAAUCUUGAAGGUGCUCCAUGAAGUAUUAGAGAACCUUGAGAAAUUGAAGUCAUUGAAGUUCACUAAAAUGCCUAAGGAGUUCACUGAAAAUUUUAAAGCUGAUAAAAGGGUCUUCAUACAAGAUUAGUAGUUCACUUCAGACCUGGAUUUCUGCUUCUCAGUUCCUUUGUUUGUGAUCAGGAGAAAAUGAAGUAUUGUUGGUGGAGGAGUUUUGUUACAGUAGGCUUCUCCAAAGUUCUGCUUUUAUAUAUGUUUGAAAAUAAAAAGGUGGCUGUCUAGAGGCAAAUGGAUGAUUGAGGUUGCUGAGGACUUUCUGAUUGCUUGAUUGCUUGCUUGAUCGAUGAGUGUUCAAGACUUUUGAGUUCAAUAGAAUAAGCCCAAGUGACUUUCAGGCAUUGUUAUCUGGACUACUAUGUUUGUGUUUCGGCUUGAAUUGUGUGUAGAAAUAAGUUGGGACGUGCUAUAUGUUUGUCGAUUUCAUCUCAUGAAUAAUAAUAAGUGAAACUCAUUUCUUGAGCA